UUCAGGGAGUUUGGACAUAGACAGUCAGUAUAUCGUUGUCAUGGAAGCAUCGCUGAAUGAUUUACAAGCAUUUGAUAGAUAUGGAGCUCUACAAGCAGAGGCUGAGAAAUACAAUUGUGAUCCCACAAAACAACGUGAAAUAUAUUGUCAGAAGCAAAAAAUAGAUGACACCAAGACAACCAGAAUGUACUUAGUCGAAUGUUCCGAUAAAACAUAUCUAGACUUCUUAAAAUGAUCCGACUGUAAUAGAUGUGUUUCCAAAUAGAGAAUUAGAACCAUUAAGUGAACCGACUUGCAACCAGGAAGAUGUGACUUAUCGUUGGGCAAUGGACAGGGUUGACCAAGAUGAGUUACCGUUGAAUAAUCUAUUUUAUAAUGAAUAUGAUCAAAGUCUUGGAUUCGAUUCGGUCGACGUAUACAUCUUAGACACCGGAAUACAUAAUAACCAUUCAGCCUUUAACAAGUAUGGGGUUGCAUCGGAGUAUUAUGUGUCUACGGAUGAAACAAGUGCUCCUGAUAUUACGUACUUUAAUGGACAUGGAACUGCAAUGGCAGGACUCAUUGGAGGAGAGUUUGGUGUCUCGCCAGGAGCAAAAAUACAUGCUAUUCGAAUAUUUGAUCAAGAUGAAUUCGCUUCUUACGCUUUGUUUGUCGCAGCUAUCAACAGGGUGAUUAACCAGGUGGGAAUAACAGCCCGGAAGAGUGUUGUAAAUAUAUCCAUUGGAAGCGUUUGGGAUGAAAAUGACAAUGCUACAUAUCUAGCGUACCUGAAAAGCACAGUACAAGGAUUAAUAACAGCUGGCAUACCAACUGCAGUUGCUGGGGGAAAUUGGCAACAUGAUGCUUGCUUGAAUUUUCCAGCCAUGGUUCCAGAAGUCAUAUCUGUAGGGGGUUCUAAUAUAGAUGAUCAGCUGUAUAUAUAUUCAAGCUAUGGAAGCUGCAUUGAUGUAGUGGCGCCGGCUGUGUCUAUUACCGCCCCAUGUUAUUAUUAUGGUUGGACAACUUGCACUUGGCCUGGCACAUCAAUGUCAACUGCCAUGACAACUGGUGCCAUGGCUGCCUAUUGGCACACUAAUCCCAAUAAAACAGCUGCUGAAGUAAUGGCAUGGGUAACAAGCGGGGCCACACAAGGGGUUCUAAAUGGCCAAUUAUUGGGAACUCCUAACAGAUUACUGAGAACUGUCGGUUGUUCUUCCUAAACUGCUAAACACUCGAUGCAAGUUUUGUAUUUUGAUU